AUGUUAUCAUGGUUGCUUUUCGUAAAAAAUUCAUUACGUAUGGCUAUUCCAAUCAUAACUUUAUUUGGAUCAGCACCAAUAUUUUUUGUCACAUGGUUUAUCAUGCGUUUUAUAACAUUAAUCUGUUUUUCUCAACAAAUCUAUCGUCGUUGUGAUGAUUAUUUAUAUUCAUUUUAUCAAAAACUUGUUCUUUUUUUCUUCGAAAAUUGGACUCAUACAAAAAUUUAUUUAUAUGGAGAUCAUGAAGAAAUAUUAAGGCAAAAAGAAAAUGUUUUAUAUAUAUCAAAUCAUCAAAGUUCUGUUGAUUGGAUUAUUGCAAAUAUGCUAGCUAUUCGCCAAGGUAGUCUUGGACAUAUUCGAUAUGUUCUUAAAAAUGAUUUAAAAUGGAUUCCAUUAUAUGGAUUUUAUUUUGAACAACAUGGAUGUAUCUAUGUCCGACGAAAUGAUAAAGGUGAUUUAGAUCGUGUUGAAAAAGGCAUACGUCAAAUAAGAUCUAAUGGUUUACCUGUUUGGCUUGUUAUAUUUCCUGAGGGUACUCGUUAUAAUCCGGAAAAAAAUCAAGAUUCGAUCGAACGAUCACGUGAAUUUGCACAGAAAAAAGGUGUACCUCCAUUUGAUCAUGUACUUUAUCCUCGAACAGGUGCAACCAUAGCAGCUAUUAAUGCACUUAAAGAUAAAUUAGAUGCUGUUUAUGAUAUAACUGUUGUAUAUUCGCCAACAUAUGAUAAUAAUCGACAAAUUCGAUUAGCUGCAUCGUCCAUGAUUGAAUAUUUACAAGAUCAAACAAAAGAAUUACAUAUUCAUAUAAGUCGAAUUCCCAUGAAUUCAAUUCCACAUGAAACCAAUGAACAAAUAUCAGAUUGGCUCUAUCAAAGAUUUAUUAUCAAAGACCAAUUAUUAAAACAUUUUUAUGAUCAAAAUCAUAGUAAGGACAAUCCAUUUAAUAUAUCUACAAAUCAAAAGGGUAUACAAGCUCAAUCAACUUUAAAUUUAACAAUAUUUUCAAUUUUAUUUUUUCUUCUAACCACAUUAAUAUUACUGCUAACACCACAAGGUCGUGCAUUUUAUUUAAAAAUAUGUUUAUUUGGUACACCAAUUAGUCUUCUCUGGAUGCAUCUAUUUCCACCGAACAAAUACAUCUAG